GAUUCCAUAUGCCAAAAGCUCUUAGUUGUGAAAUUUCGUUCACCAGCUAGCAUACCAUGGAUAGCACUGUAGUACCAGAGUUGAUCAUUGAAAAUGGUGAUCACAAAGUUACAAAGAAGGUUUCCACCCAGCAAAGAUCCUCCAGUAGGGGUGGCUGGAAUGCUGCCAUUUUCAUCAUAUUCGUUGAGGUGGCAGAACGAUUUGCGUUCUAUGGCGUGGCCGGAAACCUAAUCACUUACCUCAUAACAGAACUCCAUCAGCCUACGGCCACCGCAGUUAAGAAUGUCAACACCUGGGUUGGCGUCUCAACACUCUUUCCGGUUCUCGGAGCUUUCGUCGCAGACUCCUUCUUGGGGCGGUUCAAGACCAUUCUCAUCUCUUCCGUCACGUUUAUCUUGGGAACGUUUCUGUUGACCUUGUCGGUUUCGGUGAUACCUAUGCAUAGUCGCGAAGCUUUGUUUUUCAUUGCGCUUUACAUAUUGUCCGUCGGUGAAGGCGGGCACAAGCCAUGCGUGCAAACCUUUGCGGCAGACCAGUUCGACGAGGACUCGCCGGAGCAGAGAAAGGAGAAGAGCUCCUUCUUCAACUGGUGGUAUUUGGGCAUAGUGGCUGCCGCCACUGCGGCCACGCUGGUGAUAAUCUAUCUGCAGGACAAUAUUGGGUGGACCCUAGGUUUUGGAGUGUUGUUAGGAGUUUUGGGAGUGGCAUUGGCAAUCUUCUUACUGGGAAUCAACAGGUACAGGAAGGAACGUCCCAUCGGGAGCCCAUUCACGACGGUGGUACAGGUGUUCGUGGCAGCAGCUCGAAAGUGGCGGGUGAAAGGUACGCGCGAAGGUGGGGAUGUGUACUGUGGAGACCAGACGCGUGGGGCCGGGUCGUAUGGACAACGGAGCGCUCGGAUUCUGGCCAGAACUAAUCAAUUCAGGUUUUUGGACAAGGCAAUGAUCAUCGACGACAUUGAUGCAUCGAGCAAAACCAGAAAUCCAUGGAGGCUAUGCUCACUCAACCAAGUUGAGGAAGUAAAGCUGGUUCUCCGCCUUAUCCCCAUAUGGUUCAGCUGCAUAAUCUUCAACGUAGUCCAAACCCAACUCCACACCUACUUCAUCAAGCAAGGCAGCACGAUGGUCCGGUCCAUCGGAUCCCAUUUUCUGCUCCCGCCGGCAUCACUUCAAGGCCUCACCGGCAUCACAAUCCUAAUCGUCGUUCCAAUCUACGAGCGAGUUUUCGUCCCCGUAGCCAGAAAAUUUACAGGACACUCAUCAGGCAUUACUGUGCUACAAAGGAUAGGAGUUGGCCUAUUUUUCUCCAUUCUCAACAUGGUUGUUUCAGCUCUUGUAGAAGCCGAAAGGGUCAGCAUUGCCAAAGAAAACAACCUCUUGGAUAACCCAAAAGCAAUAGUCCCAAUGGCCAUUUGGUGGUUACUCCCACAGUAUAUAAUUUUAGGUGUGUCCGAUGCAUUCACGGUGGUUGGACUCCAAGAACUAUUCUACGAACAGAUGCCGGAGGAAAUGAGAAGCAUUGGAGCAGCAGCAUAUCUUAGUUUGAUUGGAGUUGGAAGCUUCAUAACCAAUGCUAUUAUAUCUGUUGUGCAGGCAAUCACAGCAAGGUGUGGUGAGAAAUGGCUUGACAACAAUCUGAAUCGUGCACAUCUUGAUUAUUUCUACUGGGUGCUGGCAGGGUUGAGUGCUUUUAGUCUGUGUGUUUAUGUAUGGAAUGCCAUGCGCUUUGUCUACAAAAAGGUCGAAGGGGAUCACAAAAUAACCAAUGGGCAAGCACAAGUGCUGGUUUAUCAUGGGUGUUCGGUUGGAGAUCCAUUUUGAGACUGGAUGGGCCCAUGCAUGUAUGUGUUUCGGCUUGUUUACAACUAGGUUAUAAUUUUAUAUAUAUAUAUA